AGCCCCGCCCAUGCUAACCUCUGUUAGCAGCGUCCUUAUCUCAGAGCUGUCAUACCGAUACUAAUGCUGCUGCUCACUGACUCCUGCUGUAACAUUUACCACAGAAAGCGAAAUCACGCUGUGACCAUGUUGCGAAACUAAUGUCGUAACUUUGGCUCCUCUUAUAUAUAACACUAACAUUUUUUUAAAAUAUAUGUAUGUUUUUGUGGCUAAAAGCUAACCAGAAGACACAAAGGUUAGUUUGCUUUCAUAACUAUUACGGUCGAUGUUUUCUCAUGGAGGACUCGUUCAGUUAUUAUUGAAGCGGGUUUACGAGUGGGGAAGGACAGGUAGGGAUUUUUACGGACAUAAUUAAACACAUUUGAGUUAUUCUGACGAUUCAAUGGGAGCUAACUUUGUCUAAAAAAUGGUCAAGUUAUGUACUGUUAUUGCUUGUACAGGGAAACUAGGUAAAAGGUUAAUAUAGUAAUCCUUGUUUGGAUAUUUCCAUGAAGAGUCUGAGUGUUACAGAGUUUUAUUGUCCAACAAAACAGGAUAGAAACUGUUUUAGCUGCUCCUGUUGACACAAACAAAGCUCAUAAAAUUAAUAAAAACUUAAAAAUUUCUAAAAACUAAAGUCACAGAACAUGUAUUAUGCAAUUUAUUAUUUUUUUUUUCAAUUUUUAAAAUUAAUUUGUUUAUUUUUGGUUGGUUUUACCUUUAGUUUAGCUUUUAUUUUCUGUAUUUUUUUUUUCAAUAUGAGGUCCCUGACACUAAAAAAAUAUUUCAUACAUUAAAACCCCCAAACAAAUAAUUUUAAAACAAAUACUAAAGAUGAGCAACCGCAAAAAACAUCCCCAAAAAAGAGUAAAAAAUAAAGAAUAUGUGCCAUUUGAGAUGACGCAAAAAGCAGGCACUUUUUUCAGUAAUGUUUUUUAUAUUUUGAGUGAGCAAAAUAAUCUGCUGACAUUUUAAUUUUUACCACCCAGACCAAGCAUCAGCAGUUCAACCUUGUACCAGCGGUUUUUUUAAGUCAUGCAUUAUUGCUGUCUCUCUUAUGACUGUCAUCCCUGCAGGAUCUUAGUCAUUGCUGUGGGCUAAACUGACGAUGCAUUAUAGAGCAAAGGUGUCUUUGUAAUCCACAGAACAGAGGAGAUACACCCUCGGUUUCUUCGCCAUGGGGAACGCCUGCAGUAAUCACCUCGGGAUCCCUCCAGCCAAGGGUCCCAGUGCUGUGGGAUGCACUGAUUUCAUGAUGGACCACACUGGACAGGUAAACCACACAUUUAAUCUGGAUAUGUUCAGUUUAAUUUGUAACUUUAUAAGUUUAUGAAGAUGAAAAACUUACCAAAUCUGUCUUUAAGUAAAAAAAGCACCAGGAUUAUACCUAAACUAGAUAAACACUUGGUUUUAACAAUGAUUCUAGCAACCAAGUAAAACCAGGGAUGAGCUAUAAAGCGGAAAAAUCAUCAUCAACUACAUUCCCACUGAGCAUUUUUUGGUCCAAAAGAGGUCUAAUAGACAUCUAAAUAAAGCCUAGACGACUGGUCGAAAAUCAGGCUACCACAGGUCUAAAUAUUGAAGUUUUUAGACGUCUAAAUUUAGUUCAAGUUUAGACCAAGUCUAAAUCUGGGCCUAAUCUAUACUACACUUUAUAUUCAUAAUUAUUUUGGUUAAGUACUUGCAGAUCACAGUCACUUUUUGAAAUAAAUAGUUACCGAAUAAUAGGUUAAAGUGCAAUGUCUAAAAUCCGUCUAAAAAUAUACAGAAUCUAGACGGUUGGAAUUAGGUCUAAAAACAAACUAGACGUCUAAUAGCUGUUUAUCCCUCAGUGGGUUAUUUCUACACAUAUUUAUCUGUGAUAGAAGUUGAUAACCAAUCUGCUCCCACUCUUCGGUCAAUUAUUCUGCAGUUCAACAAGGACAAGAGUUUCAAAGUUCAACACAAGCGUUAUGCAGAGUCCGUAAACGAAUACUCAAUCAUGCACUGUUUGUAGCUGAGAUAUGUGGGACAUACAGGUAAUUGGACACCAAUAGAGAUAGUUUGUGUGAUUUCCAAUCCGUCUUGUUCACAGGGCAGCUUCUUCCGGCUCUACUAUCCUUGCCAAGAGAGUGAAACAGCAGAAAAACCAGACUGGGUGCCAUGCAGAGAGUAUUUUAAUGGUCUGGCUGACUUUAUGAAAAUCAACAGGUCUCUCAGUGAAAGGAUUUUCAACCACCUCUUUGGUAACUGAACCUCCAUCCUUCAGCUUUUUACACAACAUCAAAGUUUCUUUUGUAAAAGUUUUAUGCUAUUUACAAAGACUUUCUGUACCACAGCACAGUUUUGUCUUAACUGAUUUCUAAAAUAGUCCAAAUAUAAUGAUGUUGAUUGACUCUAUCACUGUUACCAAAGUGGAUAAUUUCACAUUAGCAUCACCUUGGUAUCAAUAAAUUAAAAUUAUGCCUACAUCCAUCUGAAAUCACAAACUCUUAUCAGUUUAAUUCCUGAAAGCCAGUGUUGUAGCAGAAAUUUACUGCACUGACAAUGACUAAAAAACAGGCUCUAUUCAUAAUUUGUGUAUUUUUUAGGGUCCUUCAAGAUCCCAGCCUACAUGGAUGCUUCAUUCAAGUCAAAUGGGAAAUGUCCUGUGAUUAUCUUCUCCCACGGCCUUGGAGCGUUUAGGUAUUCACACUCAAAUUUCCACUCUCCUCCUUCGAACAUUUACCCUCUGUGAAAACUUGUCAGUGAAAGGUAUCAUUGACAUCUCCCUGAUGUUUUCCCAGGACUUUGUAUUCAGCUAUAUGUGCAGAGCUGGCCUCUCAGGGCUUCAUUGUGGCAUCUGUGGAACACAGGUAUGAGGGUUUCACUUAUUUCUAUCUGGUAUGUUUGUUAUUUUUUGCAGUUUUUCACAUAAUUUAAAACCAGAGAUGCUUCGUAUUGUACAUAAACUAGGAUCAGCUGGGUGGUAUCGUUUAAAAUAGACCUUUAAAUUUCAAAUUAAACACGAGUCCAACUGUAUGUUCAUUUUAAAAAUUAGAAACUAAUGCCACGUGCUGGUUGGAGGAAGUUCUAGUUGAAUGUUUGCCAAACAAACAAUACAGGAGGGCAGUCCCUCCUGCUGUCUGUUUAUCUGUGGAGUAGGAGUGGAAAGGGUGUUUGGACAAUGGCACAAACCAGGUCAUCACAUUUCUUUUCAGUAUAGAGACGAGGGGACCAUAUGGAGAUGAGCAUAAUGGCUACAUUUAGUCUGUCACUAAUGUGGACUGAAGUGCUAUUCCACUGAAUUUUAGCAGCCCUUUAAAGCCAAAACAGCACAUUAGUGUGGAGUGACGUGUUUGAAAGCUGUGACAUAGGGUAGACUUUGUGUCACAUGCCGCAGCGCUGGUCAGAGGUCAGUACACCGGGUCUGCUGGGUGUGCUUUUGUCACAGUGCCAAGUGAGUUUGCUCAGUCUCCAACAAAACAGCAAUUAAAGCUGCAAGCGGCGAUGAACAGUCCAUCACACCUCUGCAAACAUUGGAGUUUGGUGCAUGAUGUGAUGCGGCAAGUUGAAUGUCUAAUGCACAACUUUUGAUAUCCUGAAUUCUCUUCAAACAUCUAAAUUUCACACAUGCUUGAUUGGUGUACGAAUUCUGUGAGUUUUUGCACAUAUUAAAGGGAUAUUCCGGCGUAAAAUAAAUUUAAAGUCAAACACACUGUAACACCAAGUUAGACACCCCCGAGAGAGAUGAAUGUUGCUUCCCUAGUUAUACCAACUUUAAUAACGACAGCAGGAUAACAAUACACAGCGGUCAGGAGCCAUAAACAAACCUCAACCAAAACAAAUAAUGCUCAGAAUAGCACCUAACUCAUCAACAGUACAUAUAGGGUCCUAGCCACAGCACUAGCCACCAAACAUCUUUCUAAAUUUGCCAAAUUUCUUCAGCAAAGAGACUAAACACAACUCACCUACUCUCUUCCAGCAGCUGCUUGUUUGCACAGAGACCUCUGGGCGAGUCCAUUACUGCAGUGGAGUUUCGCAGCUCAAGGAAGAACAUUUAUGAUCCUUUCUUCAUGGAAAUGCAAUCAGACCGAGACGCUAAGGCAGAAGAUCGACAACGUCUGCAGUGCAAAAUGAUUAAUAUGAUGAUUAUUACUUCAAGGAAGUGAUAAAGAAAUGAUCAUAAAUGUUCUUCCUUGAGCUGCGAAACUCCGCUGCAGUAAUGGACUGGCCUGAGGUCUCACUACAAACAAACGGCUGCUGGAAGAGAGUUGGUGAGUUGUGUUUAGUCUCUUUGCUAAAGAUAUUAGUCAAAGCUAAAAAUCUGUUUGGUGGCUAGUACUAUGGCUGGGACCCAAUAUGUCCUGUUGAUGAAGUUAGGUGCUGUUCUGAGCAUUAUUUGUGGCUAUAGAGUGGCUUUUUGGUUGAGGGUGUGGCUCUCUGUAUUGUUAUUGUUACUAAAGUGGGUAUAACCCAAGAGGCAAGCGGUCAGCAACAUCCAUCUCUCGAUGAAUUACGCUGGAAUAUCCCUUUAAGUCAUACAGGUUCAAACUUUGACUCCACCAAAUAGACUGAAGCUGGAGUUGUCAACCAAACCACACUUUCUGUACCUGUUUUCAGUUCGGCAUUCACAACAUUUUUACUCUAGAUUCUUGUGUUUUUUCGUUUUAAAAGGGAACAAUCAAACCCAUUGAAACAACAUUAAAGGCCUCAUGCUUUAUGAAGAAACUAAUUGUUGUUCCUCGUGUGUUUCUGUGUUUCACUCACGUACAGGGAUCAGUCAGCGUCGGCUACCUUUUAUUACCGUGAGAAGACAGAGUCUGAAAAGGCUAAUCAAAGUGUGCCUAAAACAUCAGAUUCAGCUCAAGACAACCUGGUCAAAGAGUGGAUGUACUACAGAACUCUGAAGCACGGAGAGAGCGAGUUUCCCCUUCGAAAUAAACAGGUGAGAAUCACAGGGAGAGGUUCAGAUUUCAGUCCAGUCGUGCAUGAAAGGUAGAGGUGGAGACUCUUCUCUGAAACAAUGCUGUUGUUGACUGACAGCAGCUGCAUUGCAACACAUCUGAACUUAGACUCAAUAACCAGCAUGCUGCAUGAUGCCGAUUACAACCCAAACCACAUCCUUGUUUAUUCAGUCUGUUAGCUGAUCUUUGUCUCUCCCUCCUACUCAGUAUUUCACAGGUUUCGAUUUCUGAAACCCUAACUUGUUUGUUGUGUUUUUUUGUAGGUGAAACAAAGAGCAGAUGAGUGCAUCCUGGCUCUGGACAGACUCACUGAAAUAAACUCGGGGAGACCAGGGCAAAAUGUUUUGCAGACACAGUUUGACUGGACAACAUUGGAGGUAAGCUCACCUUUAAGGUUUGAGUCCAGGGUCAGAUAUUAGACUUUUUUAUUAAAGGAAACAGAUGCUGGUUGAUGCAGGAUUUCCAAAAAUAAAAGUUAAUGUUCAGGACUUUAGAUGGACUGGGGACUGGAGAAGGCAGCAGCAUUUCUGGAUCCUGUUUGGAUGUGGUUUGAACUUGAAUUUUUAGAUGAAGCGAUGAACGUUGUUCACACAUAAUGGGUUUUGGAAAUGCGUUAAGCUCAUGCUGAGACAUGUCUGUAUUAAGUGGAGUGCUGCCUUAAAGAUCAGUCAUCCACUUGUGGUUUUUGGUCUUGUCCCUUUAUAAAAUCAACAAUCUUUUCAACUCCAGCAUCAUAAUUGGAUAUUUUCUUUAUGAUCUUUUGACUCGGCAUGUUUCCUUUCCUUCCCAGAACUCCAUGGAUCUGUGCAGGAUAGCUGUGGUGGGACACUCAUUCGGUGGAGCGACGGUGAUUGAAGCUCUGUGCAAAGAGGUUAAAUUCAAGUAUGUAGAUCAGCGACAUCCAUCCAUCAUCAAUCUUUAUUCAUUGAUAAGCAAAGCAGAAAUAUCAAACAAUAUAGAAAAGACGUUUAAAUAUAUUUCUUAUAAAAACUACUAAACAUCAAACUGUAUUUUGCUUAGGUGUGGCGUAGCUCUGGAUGCUUGGAUGUUCCCCUUGGAUGAUGAAAUUUUCGCCCGAGUGAAGCAGCCGAUCUUCUUCAUCAACUCCGAGAAGUUCCAGUGGGCGGGGAACAUCAGCCGCAUGAAGAAGCUGGACUCAGCCGUCAUCCAGAGGAAAAUGAUCACCAUCAGGUACGAGGAAAGUGAUUUGACUCUUUAUGGAAAUUCUGUGAUUAUUGCUGACUCUGUUGUGAUUCUGUCCUGCAGGGGAACAGUCCACCAGAGCUUCCCAGACUUCACCUUCAUGACGGGCAACUGGAUCGGGAAGUUGAUGAAGCUGAAGGGAGAGAUCGACCCAGAGCUCGCCAUAGAUCUCAGCAACAAAGCAACACUCGCCUUCCUGCAACGCCACCUCGGUAUGGACGCAAAAAGCACCAACAUAUCUGCUAUCUUAGAAAUGCUACAUCACUCGAUAUCAUUCAAAAGUAGAAAUGCACAUUUUUUAAAAACUGUUUGUGUGUUUUAGGUCUUGAGAAGAGUUUCAACCAGUGGGAUCCUUUGAUUGACGGGCUGGACGAUAACCUCAUUCAAGGAACGAAUAUAACUGUGCUUCAGUCUGCCAUCUGAACUGCCUGUAGGAUACUAGUGGACGCAGUGGACCAGUCUCAAAUGUCGGACCAGGCGUUCUUGGCCCCGGAAAAAAGGACUCAGGAUAACAUUUUGGAGCGAUCACAGAAGGAAAGAUAAUCUCUACCUCACCAGCAGGAAAGGUGUUUUAUUUUUUCUGAACAGAUGAAACACUCAGUGAAUAAGUGUUUGUCUCAUGACGCCUGAAUGUUGAGUAUAAGCAGCUGAACACCACUUUUUUUUAACUGUUAGUGAAAACUUCACUACGACCUUAAUGCAAUUAUUUUAACCUUCUCAUUUUGAGUGAUUAUGAAGCAGGAUGAGAUUGACACGGAGUUUCCAGCAGAGGCAAAGUUCACUAGGAGUGCUGAGUGGUUAUGUAAUGAGGCCUGUGUUAGGUAUUAUGAAAGGUUUAAUAUUAAAACAGCUCCACAAGACAGAAACACAUCCAUCCUGAUGACUUUAGACGACACUAAAGGUAACAUACGCCAUAAAUCACAGUACGACUCAUUCUGUGAAAUCAUAACAGCCUUUACUUUUAUAUAUUUUAACUGUACAUAUGUGCCAUUUAUACAACACAUUCAAUAAAUCUGGUUUGUGUAGGAA